AUGGCGGAUGAUUUAGACAAAUUUAUUGAAGAUCAGAAGGCCAAGUUGGCACAAGAUAAGGCAGAACUUGAAAAUGAUCCACCUUACAUGGAAAUGAGGAUUAAGGAAUCAGAGAAGCUUUCCGAGACUAGCAAAAUGUUGAUAUCCAUGGCUAAAGAAAAUAUACCUCCAAAUAGUCAACAGAACUAUUCUUUAGGUGACUAUGGCUUGAGUUUACCUCUUGGAGAAGAAUAUGAACGAAAAAAACAUAAACUUAAGGAGGAACUCCGACAAGAUUAUAGGCGAUACCUUUCUCAGGGUCUUUCACAGGCAAAAAGAAAGAAAAAUUAUCAGACUACUGGUGAAGUAGAUCCAUAUACUCAGGGAUUAUCUCUUCCUAUCGAUGAGCGAAAAUCUGCAAAGGAGAAACUGCGGCUUGAAAGAAACAAGGAGUACAAUCAAUACCUCAGGGAUAAAGAAUUGUGGAAUGAAAGGCUAAGGAAAUUAGGGAAGAAAAAUACAGAGAAUGAGAUGGACAGGAAUAAAAACCCUACUGCUGUUACAAGGCUUCAGCCAGAACUACAUACAGAAGUGCAGCCCUCUAAUACAAGUGCAGAACCUCCCAAAAAGGAUGCCUUUACUUCUAUGGAAGGUUAUGAAGAGCUGCUAAAUAAGAGAUGGCUGGAGGAAGGCAGGUAUCAUAGUAGGUUAGAUGAUGACAUUGAAUUAAGAAGUCGACUAUUAAAUAAAAGACUUGAUGAAGAUUUGGAUGUUCCCAAUCGAAGGCAUCGUGGAUUUGCUACCCAAUCCCUAAUUCCUAUUAGGAAGCAUCACAGACUUGAUGAAGAACGCAAUUUUGGUAGAAGAUACUACAGAAUGGACUAUGAUCCUGAGAUAAGUGAAGAAAUGGACCCUAGAUUUAGAUCCGAAAGCACUUAUGACAGAAGAACUCCUCGUUUUUUUUAUGCUGAAAGGCCCUAUCUGGAUGGAAUAGUAAGAGAUCUACCUGCAGAUUAUGAAGAUGAAUUAAGGGAGAGAGCACGUGUGCAGCAGACCUCAAGAACUGGAAAUUCGAGAAAUCAGGUACACGUUAGUUCUUCGGCUACUGAACAGGCCAAGUCUGCAUCUGAAAUGCCGUACGCAACAGGCCUUGGUCUUGGUGGUCAGGACCGAGAACUUGUCCAGAGGAAAAAAGAGAAAUACAGGCAAGAACUAAUAGAACAGAUGGCUGAGCAACAGCGAAAUAAGAGACGUGAGAAGGAACUUGAGCUCUCAGUUGCUGCUUCUGGAGCUCGAGAUCCAGAAAAAAAGCCAAAUAGGUUGAAGCAGCUUGGCUUGACAGCAAGAGCUUCUGAAGAGAAAGUACCUCCUGAAAAGCCUAGGGUGGCUUUCCAAACACCGGUGCCUGGCCCUUCAGCCUCUCCAGUGAAUGAAGACUUUCACAGGGGACUAGCCAGCACUCUUGGUGACAUAGCAGCUCCCAGGCUUGCACCGAUGCCACCACCUCCACCACCAGUGUUGACAGACAACUACAGAACGCCUUAUGAUGAUGCGUAUUACUUUUACGGGGUUAGGAAUCCUUUGGAUCCCAAUUUUGCAUAUUAUGGCCCAGGUAUGGGCCAUCUACAGAUGGGAAUGCAACCCACACCUCAUCUGGAUCCUUCUUUCGGUCAAGUCCCAGUGGAGCAAUCUGUAAGUAGCAUUGGACAGAGGAAUUCAGGAGAUGGACAAUUAAGCACAGGAGUAUUUUCUGAAGAAAAAACAAAGCCUUCCAAAGAGGCAACAUUAUCUUAUCAACAAGAAUUACAACAGCAGAUAAGAGAGAGGGAGGAGCGACGCAGACAAGAGAAAGAGGAGAAGGAACGCUAUGAAGCCAAGUUAGAAGCAGAAAUGAGGAAUUACAACCCCUGGGGAAAAUGUGGUGGUGGUGCUCCUCUCAGAGAUCCAAAAGGAAAUCUAAUAAGGUUUGAAUUUGCACAGACCUCUCCUUUUGCUCGAGGUAAUGUGUUCGGUGAACCACCAUCUCCACAGCAUCUUAAGCGACAGGAGUCAUACAAGAACUUUCUUCGUCUACAGAUUGAAGAAAAGAGACGUAGGGAAGAAGCAGAGCGAGAAAAAUUGAGACUGGAAGAAGAAAAAGAAGAAAAACAACUAGCAGAACAAAGGAUGAGAAUUCGAAAGGCAUAUGAAAAGGAACAAGAGGAGCAAAGAAAGAAAGAGGAGGAGCGAAAAUUAAAAAAUAAAGAAAUAAUUCGAUUAGGUGAAGAGAGGCAAAAAGAGGCAGAAAAACGACGAAAAGAAAAAGAAAAGCAAAAUGAACAAUUUAGACAAUAUAUUGAGAAGGAAAAGAUGGAAGAGGAAAAGAAAACGAUUUCAAGGCAGCCUUCUCCCAUUGUUCCUGCUCUUCAGAACAAAUUAAUAAGAAAAGAAGAAAGGAUUCCCUCUGCUGAGAGCCAUAUAUCUUACUAUGCACAAGAUCCUCCACAACCAAGGGCUCCUUCUCCACCCGUCCCUGCAAGAAGAAAUCAGUUGCGUGCAUUUGAGGAAAGAAAGAAUGUGAUAAAUGAAUUAUCAGAGAUGAGAAAACAGCUUCAUAGCGAAGAGAGGCGGCUGCAGGAACAGUUGCUAAAUGCAGCCAGUGAUGAUGAUGUACCAAUUAAACAGAGAGAGAAGAAUCAAAAGGACAUAUUUGAGAUGGCCAGGCUUCGUCUGCAGGCUCCAGUAAGGCGACUUUCAUCGAAGGAGGCACGAGAUCCUGUCAAUAUACAGAAUAUCCGGGAAUUUAAUGAACUUAAACACAAAGAUUCUGAAACACGUAUGGCCUUGAGGCACAUGUAUCCUGAUCCUCCAAAAGAUGACCAGACUCUAGAGAUUCAACAGCAGGCACUGUUGAGGGAGCAGCAGAAGAAACUUGACAGAAUGAGAACAAGGAGAGAAACAGAAUAUGAUUCUGCUUCUGGUGGUAACCCACAAACCAUGAGACUGUUCAGGAAUGAAUCUGAUGGAUUCUUGAAAAAUUCACUGUUGGAGUCGGAUAGUGCUUUUAUUGGUGCUAAUGGGGAAACAUUUCCAGCCUUAGACGAGGUUAAUUCAUCACCACAGCUUCGACCUUCUGCAAGGGAGAGGAGACGAAUGAAGCAGAAAGCUUCAGAGUGUGCUGAGGAUGUUCCACGGGGCCAGACACCAUUGCUGCAGCCUGACAGCUCUUCUUUGCACUCAAACUUCAGCCUUGAUAUUGAUCAUUUGAAAGGCAAGAAUGAAGAACGACUGCACAGACUGACUGAGCUCCAGCAGGAAUCUGCUUGUGGUGAUAACCUUUCCCUGGGGGAAGCAGAGGACUUGCUGAAGCCUGGUCCGUCCAGCGCCGGCAGGAGGCCUAGUUCUGUUGACACAGUUGCAACAGAGCCCUGGCUGCGACCCGGAACUUCAGAGACGCUCCAGAGGCUCAUGGCAGACGAAGUGUCUACAGAGCAGCAGGAGCUUUUACAGUCCAGUGAGUAA